AAUUGCUGGGCCAUGCCAUGGCCGUCCUGCAAGGCUCUGCGUGCAACAGCAGCAUCAUAAAGCUUCCAGAUUGCGGAAUUAAUUAUUAAUGGAGGAAGGAGGCGAAGGAGGCGAGCAUAAAAGGCAAGCAAGCAAGCAGUUGACUGCUGUGGAUGAGGAGUCUGGCGGUUUCGAUGGAAACAGAGGAGAACAGGGUGGCGGCGCCGCCACCCUCCUGCAAGUCCAGGUUCAGGAGGGUGUGCGUGUUCUGUGGCAGCAGCCGCGGGAAGAAGGAAAUCUACCAGAUCGCGGCGACUCAGCUCGGUCAAGAACUGGUGCAGAGGAAGAUCGACUUGGUGUAUGGAGGAGGAAGCGUAGGGCUCAUGGGGCACGUUUCCAGAGCUGUUCAUGAUGGUGGUCGCCAUGUUUUGGGACUGUGGUGUGUUUGCAGAGUGAUUCCGAGGGCUUUGAUGCUCAGUGAGACAACAGGGACGGCAGUGGGGGAGGUGAGGGCGGUGGCGGGCAUGCACCAGAGGAAGGCCGAGAUGGCUAGCCAAGCCGACGCUUUCAUCGCGCUGCCUGGUGGGUAUGGAACAUUGGAAGAGCUCCUGGAAGUGAUCACUUGGGCUCAGCUUGGCAUCCAUGACAAACCUGUGGGUUUGCUAAAUGUGGAUGGGUACUACAACUCGCUGCUCUGCUUCAUCGACAAGGCUGUGGACGAAGGGUUCAUCGCAGCAGCCGACCGUCACAUCAUUAUCUCCGCGCAAACGGCUCAUGAAUUGCUCCACAAGCUCGAGGAUUACGAGCCAAUGCCAAGCCCAGUACGAAUGAGGCUGAGCUGGGAGCCUAAACCUGACAUGGCCAGUGGACCCCAACUCAACUAAUGUGUGUACCUGUUGAGCCACUUCCCAGUUGAUUCUUCACCAUUGUACACAAAUUAUUUUUAUUUAUUUUUCUAAUAUAAAUAUGACAUAAAAGAUUAUCCGGUGCAAACAACUCCCGUCAUACGAAAUCUUAAA